AUCCCGGAGAUAACCACUGAUUGGAGUAGCACCAUCCAAAGGGACAUUGUGAAAAUCCACAAUUGCAGAACAUACGCACAAUGACUAUUCAUGGUUGAAUGUCUUAGAGACUUGACAUGGUUGCUGUUAGCCCCGUGUCUUGGUGAUCUAAGUGUAUCUGAGUGUCCGCAAAUGGAAGAAGUAAUAAGCAAAGAGAAAGCUAUGACCAAGCUGGGUCAUACGAGUGAGCAGCCCUUUCAAAAUCUAACUAAGCUCGUCUUAGAUGGUUUAGAAGACAUCUACUGGACUCCUCUACCCUUCCCAGUUUUGGAAUAUCUCGAGAUAAGGCGUUGUCCAGAGCUUAGAAGACAUCCAUUCAACUCUGAGAGUGCUGUAGGAAAUCAAGUUGAAAUGAAAAUCGAUGAGAAAUGGAUAAAAGUGGUUGAAUUGGAGGAUGAAGCUACGAAACAACGUUUCUCCCAUAUCAGUAACAGCAAACGGACGGAGUACAGAGACUUUCCACAGAUGGCUGAAGAUCCGAAGAUGGAUGGUCUGACUCUGACAUCGGAGUCACAUCCAAUCCAAAACAUUGACCAGGUCGGGACUACAAGAAGUGGAAAGACGGCCGUCCAAUCUGGAACACACGCAACAGCUGGUAUGAUUGACACUCCUGUGGAGAACCCUCGCCGUUCUAAUCUCUUCUCGACAGUGAAGGGUUUCUUGUUCUCAGGUGGGGACAAGAAAGGGGUUUCACUGACCUCUAACUCCUCUGACCGCGAAGUCAAUCAAAGCGGGUCAGUGUUUAACUCUCCGGAUGUCUCUGGGACGAGCGCAGAAUCUUCCAUGGGGAGGAAGAACUCGUACCCUACAGUGUCCACUAGAGCAAGUAAUCUCAGAGAGUUCAGCAUUACUGAUCUCAAGUCUGCAACAAAGAACUUUAGCCAAUCUGUUAUGAUUGGAGAAGGCGGUUUUGGUCGUGUCUUCAGGGGAACAGUUAGGAAUUUAGAAGACCCGUCAAUUACAAUCGAAGUCGCGGUGAAGCAGCUUGGUAAAAGAGGGUUGCAGGGGUAUAAGGAAUGGGUUACAGAAUUGAACUUCCUCGGGAUUAUUGAGCAUAUAAACUUGGUAAAAUUAAUUGGCUAUUGUGCAGAAGAUGAUGAGCGUGGAAUCCAACGGCUUCUGGUUUUUGAAUAUAUGCCUAACCGAAGUGUUGAAUUCCACUUAUCCACUCGGUCACUCAUAGUCCUUACUUGGGACCUCAGAUUGAGAAUUGCCCAAGAUGCAGCUCGCGGCUUAACAUACCUGCUCGAAGAAAUGGAUUUUGAGAUUAUAUUCCGUGAUUUCAAGUCCUCAAACAUUCUUUUGGAUGAGGAUUGGAUAGCUAAGCUCUCGGGGUUUGGUUUGGCUAGUUUAGGUCCAUCUAAAGAACCAACCCAUGUUUCUACUUCUGUUGUAGGAACUAUAGGUUAUGCAGCACCUGAAUACAUUCAAGCCGGCCGUCUCACAUUGAAAAGCCAUGUGUGGGCUUAUGGAGUGUUCCUCUAUGAGCUUAUCACAGGGAGGCGACCGAUAGACAGAAGCAAACCCAAGGGAGAGCAGAAGCUUCUAGAAUGGGUGAAACCUUAUCUAUCGGACACAAGGAAGUUCAAGCUCAUAUUAGACCUGAGACUCGAAGGGAAGUACCCGAUCAAAUCGGUUCAAAAGCUAGCUGUUGUGGCCAACAGAUGUUUGGUUAGGAAUCCAAAGGCACGUCCCAAGAUGAGUGAGGUGUUAGAGAUGGUGACCAAGAUUGUGGAAGCUUCUAUAGGGAACGGCAGCCCGCAGCUAGAUCCGUUGAACAGUCUAAAAGCUUCUAGAGAUGCGGCGGGAGGACAGAAACAAACCCAAGGGAAAGCAGAAGCGUCUAGAAUGGGUUCUAAGCUACUUUGGAAGGAAACUGAGUGUUUUGGUGAUGAAAAUAAGCAUCUGGAGCAAACACAAGAAUAAGCAUCCAGGAUCGGCUGAUCCUCAUUCGUUUUAAACUGACUUUUAGGGUUUUAUUUUAGUAUUUAAGCACGAGGCUCGAUCUCUAGAGACACAACUUUUAUUCUACGCAGCUUUUGAGUACUUGUAAGCUUUGGGAAAAGAUCUCUAAUCAUCUCUAACACUUUGGAGAAGAAUUCUGAACCUUUUUAUUUAUCUUUGCAGUUCAAUUAUGUUUUCUUCA